AGCGGACAACGGCGCCUCGAGCAAUCCCAGGAUCGCCAUCAUGUAAUCAAUAGGCGGCCGGCAUUGGCCUGGGGCCAUAAAAGCAUGGCCCUGCCCCGUCGAUACGGACCGCCCAGCCAGCACUGUAGCUCCCGCUCUCCGCUUGCUCAGAUUCCCGGAGUGUCAUCAGAGGACGACGUCACCAGUUCCAAGGCCAGCCAAGACGAGCCAAGAAGAAACAAGAGAUCCGUACUAGCUAGCCAUGGCUCCCUCCCGCUUCUCCGCCCCGGCCAACGCCGCAGUCGCCUUCUCCCUGCUCGCCCAGACGGCCCGCGCCGGCCUCUACCCGGGCCUCAGUACCGCCAACCACACCUGUGCCCUCGUCGAGCCCGUCCUCUCGUGCUCAGCAGGCGCAACCCCGGACAAGGUCGACUCGUGCUGUGUCGAGACCUACGGCGGCCUCCUCCUCCAGACCCAGUUCUGGAACACCUACACCGGCCUCGAGGCCGAGGGCCAGCUCCUGCCCCAAAACUCAUGGACCAUACACGGCCUGUGGCCUGACUUCUGUAACGGCUCCUACACGCAGUAUUGCGACCUAAGCCGCCAGUAUGACCCUGAGCCGUCCCCCAACACUACCACCGGCACUCCGGCCGGCGAGCCCGUCCCGCCCUACACUGGCAACUCGAUCGAAGAGUUCAUCACGCCUUUUGGCAAGUACGAUCUUCUUGCGUACAUGAAGAAGUUCUGGAUCGGCCUGAACCAGCAAGACUGGUUCCUGUGGGCCCACGAGUUCUCCAAGCACGCCACCUGCUUCAGCACCUUUGACGUCGAGUGCUACGGCCCCCAGUACCGCAAGAACGAGGACCUCGUCGACUUCCUCGAGACCACCAUCUCCUACUUCAAGACGCUCCCCACCUGGCGCUGGCUGGCCUGCAAGGGCAUCCACCCGUCCAACCAGACGGCCUACUCGCUCUCGGACAUCCAGGGCGCCCUCACGGAGAAGUACGGCUUCCUGCCCUACGUCGGCUGCUCGGGACCCAAGUACAACACCACCGCCGCGGGCGCGGGCUCCCUCGACAACGGCGGCACCGUCCUCUCCGAGAUGUGGUACUACAUGCACGUCGCCGGCCGCCCGCAGGACGGCAGGGCCGUGCGCGUCCCCGCAGACAUCAACGGCGGCCGCGUGUCCAACUGCGCAAAGGCCCCCGGCGCCGUCUGGUACUACGAGCGCACCGCCGGCUCCGAGUGGACAGAGUGAGGGGGGAGAGAGAGAGAGAGGAAAGGGAUCGUUGCUUCUCUCGUGGAGGGAUGUGUGGAGGAAGCUUUAGCUCGUGUCGUGAGUGUGCCCCGAGGUGGCCUGCAGUGCACAUAUUUGAGACUAUCUCCGAGUGGACACAUGCGCUUUGCUCAAUUCAUGACACGGUCAAUAACCGGCUGAGAAGCCUGUCCUCGAUACUUAUAGUAGUAAUGAAUAAUAAAACAAUACAAUAUGACGAUCACCUCAU